AAGAAGAAGAAGAAGACGACGACGUAGAAGAAGAAGAAGAAGAAGAAGGAGGAGGGUGAUGAUUAGGAGGAGGAGGAGGAGGCGGACCCCCCGACGUUAACGUGCCCCCUCCCUGAAUAGCAGAGGCUCCAUUUUGUUUGAUUUUUGCGGUCACUGUCGACAGCCUGCAACGGAAACACCACAAGGACCACUUCAAAUAUAUACUGUCGUCCACGGCCAUCAACAAUGAGCGGAUGUCGUAUCUUCAUCGGCCGUCUGAGCCCCUCGGCCAGAGAGAAGGACGUGGAGAGGUUCUUUAAAGGAUACGGCCGCAUCCGAGACAUCGACCUCAAGAGAGGGUUCGGCUUUGUGGAGUUUGACGAUCCCAGAGAUGCUGAAGAUGCCGUUUAUGAGCUUGAUGGCAAAGAGCUGUGCAAUGAAAGGGUGACCAUUGAGCACGCCCGCGUACGUCUGCGUGGCGGCCGUGGCAGAGGAGGUGGCAGUGCAGGAGGACGUUUCCCUGAUCGCUAUGGCCGGGGCUCCCAGAACAGUCGGAGCCGAAACCCUCCUCCGAUGCGCACUGAGAAUCGCCUGAUCGUAGAGAACUUGUCCUCUCGAGUCAGCUGGCAGGACCUGAAAGAUUUCAUGAGACAAGCUGGAGAGGUGACAUUUGCAGACGCACACCGGCCCAAGCUCAAUGAAGGGGUUGUUGAGUUUGCUUCUGGCAGCGAUCUGAAAAACGCCAUGGACAAACUGUCUGGAAAGGAAAUCAAUGGCAGGAAAAUCAAGCUCAUUGAGGCAGCCAGGAAGAGGUCAAGGAGUCGUUCCCGGUCAGAGAGCUCCUCUCGCUCACGGUCCCGUUCUCGUGGUCGCUCUCCGUCUCGCUCCCCCAGACGUUCUCGCAGCCCCGCCCACAAGGCACACAACCGCUCCCGCUCCCGGUCCCCCAGCGGGUCCCCCGUGGGCGGCGCCUCAUCCCCGUCCUCUAAAUCAAAGGAGCCCCCUAAACGGUCGUCCAAGAUGAGCAAGUCUGCCACCCCGCCCUCCCCUCCGCCCGCCCGCAGAACCUCCGUCUCCCGUUCACGCUCUCGUUCACGCUCUCGUUCUCGCUCCCCUUCUACCGACAGCCAGCGCUAAACGCUACGUUUAGUUUUAAUGGGAAUCAAACAGUAGAAACGACUUGAUUCAGCAGGAUCUGGAGCUCCCAUGACCUCUCGGCACAGAGACAAGAGCUUUCCUCAAGUUUGUUUUUCUUUGUCUGGAUUAUCAUAACAAUCCUGAAGCUUUUCACAUUUAAAACACCAACACAUUUUCAAACAGGAACAAUUAUAUUCAUUCAUAUAUUUAAUUACAAUUAUAGGGCGUUUAAAAUGUAAUAUCGUAAACAGAAGACACUUGUUACUUAGUGAUGCUGUCUGUGUCCCCCUCAUCACCCAAAUGUGUGUUUACACCAAAUUCAUUCAUGCAUCUAGGCUGCAGGUCCUUUUCUGCUGCACUGUUGUUUUUCUCCCACAUGCCCAAGUGAACCAGGGUCUGUAAAGUUAGUAAACCUUACACUUUGAACAUUUUAAAAGAGGGAAUCUGUAUUUUUGAGGCAGUACUAGGACACUUUUGAGAAGUCGUGUGACCACUUUCUUUACUUAUUUUUUUAUUUUUUUGCGAUUCAGUUUCCCGUUUUUGCUCGUCGGUUUGAGAACUUUUAAUCAAUUUCCACUUUUUUUUUUUUUUUUUGUCCUUGCCUCAUUUUUUCCCGUAUUCUGACCUACUGUAGCUACGACUGAUGUUGUGUGAUUUCUAGACCUGAGGAUGCCUGCAUGUGAUUAUCUUUUUUUUUUGUUUGAUCAACGUUUCGAGUUGUAUUAUUGGCAUUGGAAGUGUCUAGAACAUCGUCCCAGCAGUUAAACAGCUGUAACUGUUAAUGUGAUGGAUCCGACUCUUCUUGCCGUUGGCUGUUAACUUUUAUUUUCUUGGGAGAUGUAAAGCUACUUUGAGGAUAAGGUCAACACUUUGAAAUGAUGCUGCGUAGAGAAUGCAGUUUAUUCUAGCAUUGUACAUUUUUUUUCUUUUGGUUUAGGGUUUUGUGUACAGCAUUGCUGACUUUUGUUUUACAUAAGUGUAUAAUGUAAUUCCAAGAAUGCGUGUUGGUACUGUCUGAUGUUACUGUGGUUUAAAUGAACGUGUAGACAAGAGUUCGAAAAAAAAAAAUGCAACAUUUUUGUACGUAUGGAUUUUAUUUUCAGUGAAAAAUAUGGACAUUUCUAUGAUGUAGGAAUACGGCGGACUGAAUCAAUAAAGCAGUUU